AUUGUGCAUAGUGCCUAGCGUACUCUAUAGCAUGCAGUUUUUCGACUGCAUCCUGAUGCAAAUUAGAAAACGAAUGCAAAUAUUUACAUGUAGAUAAAUAAUAAUGAUUAAUUGCCUCUGCAUGCAAAUUGUCAAUGUCUGCAGCCUAUUCAGGCUGUUCUUUUUUUUUUUUUUUUUGGAGGGGGUGGUGGUGAUCUGCUGCAAGUUAAUUUGCAUUCUGAACGGCUUUCUUAAUGUGGCUAUUUAUUUUAAUUUAAUUUCAUAGCCGCGCAUACUGCACGGGAGGCUUUUUGUGUCAAAGUCGCAUUAACCUCUGCCUGCUUAAUAUGCAGCUCGCAGCGUCUCUCUUCACGCUAUGAAUAUUCAUCUUUAUCGGUUCACUCUUCCCAUAAUGCCACGCGUGACAACUUUGAAGUAGAACUAUGAAUAUGUCCAUGAUGAGACCCAGAGUGCACUAGAUAGGGCGCGUGCUUACAGCUGAUGUAGUGCUCUCGCGCAGGCAGUGUGACGUCAUUCGAGACGCAGCCAUAGAGUCACUUCGAUAACCCGGAUGACAUGUUUGUUUAUAUCGGGAAACGUGCAAACAAGUGUCUUUCUACGAUUUUUAUCCUGAGGAUCUCUUUGGCGAACUUAAGCAUGGCAAGCAAGUCGGUUUUACCCACAAAAGACCAAGCUCUUAAAGGCAGAGAGACGAAAAUGGUCGUGGCAGAGAAGCAUGCAGUCACAGGGAAGCCCACAGUCGAGCCAUUUCCUGACGGGACAGAGAUGAUCAUGUUUGGUAUGGGCUGUUUUUGGGGUGCAGAGAGACGCUUCUGGACUCUUCCUGGUGUGUUCUCUACUCAAGUGGGAUAUGCAGGUGGAUUCACCCCCAACCCAACCUACAAGGAGGUGUGUUCAGGUCGAACGGGUCACACAGAGGUGGUGCGUGUGGUCUACCCUCCUAAAGAUGUGAGCCUGGAGAAACUGCUGAAGGUGUUCUGGGAGAGCCAUGACCCCACUCAAGGUAUGGCUCAGGGGAAUGAUAAAGGUACACAGUAUCGCUCUGCUAUCUACACAUACAGUCCAGAACAGCAGGAACAAGCCAUGAGGACUAAAGAGACCUACCAGCAGGCUCUGAAGCAGAAAGGUAAGGGUGUGAUCACCACAGAAAUCAGACAGGACGAGGUCUUCUAUUAUGCUGAGAAUUACCAUCAGCAGUACCUGCACAAGGUGCCUAAUGGGUACUGCGGGUUAAAGGGCACCGGGGUCACCUGCACUUUCAGCUCCAACAAGGACGAACUUUGAAUCGGAGGUCGCUAGGGAGCAUGUCUCUUUUUCUAACUCGGGUGUUUAAAGCUUACAAAUGAGGAAAUACAAGCAAAGUGAUAUAUCACGUGGAGAACAAUACAAGUAGUGCUACCAUGCAAGAUUUAUAAUUGAGUGAAAUAGCUAUUAGUAUUACAAUUAGUAUUCGCAAUAAUAUUACAAUACAGGUGUGUAAAAUAGAAUUAUUCAUAUGUAAUACAUAUAGCAUGUGAAUAAUUCUAUUUUACAUGCAAUACAUUUGAAAUCACGGUUAUGUGCGCUAAACAAAGAAAGUCCAAAAAAAGUUUUUCAGGCUGAUCCCUCUUUCUCUCUCUCUCUCUCUCUCUCUCCUUCUCUCACUCUCUCUUUCUCUCUCUCUUUCUCUCCUUCAGACAUGGGUGUGUGGUUACCAUAGAACACAACACUUUGUCUUUUUGAAUUUGUUAAUAAGUUUGGCAGCAGUGUCAUGUGUGUGAUGUACUCACCAUGUUUCCUGUUAAAGUCCAUUGCAGUCUUUUAUU